CGAAAUCAGUAGCACAUUAAUGCGAUCGCGAGAAAGAAUUUUACAUUUAAAGUGCUAGUAUAGUUCCAGUUAAUUAUUGAACAAAUUAUAGAUGACUCUACGAAGAAGAAAAACCGGUCUUAUCGUUACUGUAGGUUUAAUAAUUAUUUGUUUAACUCUCAACAUGUUCAUUCCUAUUUACAAGGAGAAUGGCAUUCAUCUUGGAGAGUCCAGCCGAUCGCUGGCCAUCAACAGACUUGAAUUAAUCAACAGCACCAGUCCAUCUAAUAAUAAUCAGACUCGACAGAUAAUAACAUCAGGGCCAGUUUAUUCCAUAAUCAAAGUGAUUGAUUACGAAAAAACAGCGAUGGACACACUUGAGCCUUCGCAAAUCAUCGAUUACCUUCUGUGGACCAAUCAGCCGUCGUGUCAAAUGGCCCAGUAUUUUGGUGGGCGGAUGGUGACGUCAGCCGACGGACUUUCAGUGGCCCUGGACGGACAGAAGGCCAUUUGCCUGGACUCUGCAGUGGCGCCAAUUCCAGACAACUGUCUCGUCUACUCGUUUGGCAUCAACCACGAAUGGAGUUUCGACCAAGCCAUGGAACUCUACGGAUGCCAAGUGUACGCUUUCGAUCCGUCCAUGAACGUGUCGGAUCACAACCGGACAGAGGCCAUCCAUUUUUAUCAAAUGGCCUUAGGAGACUUGGACAGGGAUGGAUGGAAUGAAGAGGCCAACGUGCCGUCACGAACCUUGUCGUCCAUUUACAACAUGUUGAAGCCCCUCCAUGGUGGUGAUUCCAUCAUUGAUUAUCUCAAAAUGGACAUUGAAGCCACAGAGUGGCGGGUCUUGCCUCAAAUCAUCCAGUCGGGGAUGAUGGACAAGGUGAGGCAGUUGGCCGUGGAGAUCCAUCUGGAUUACGACGAGUCUUUAAGUGUUUACCGACAGCAGGCCGGAAUUCUCCGGUCGCUGGAAGACUACGGAAUGGUCCGCUUCGAUUCCAAACGCAACAUGUUUACCGUGGUCGAUUUCACUCAGGUGGGAAAUUUGGCAGCUGCAGUUGAUUACGAAAUCGCUUGGUACAACAGCAAACUAUUGAGGGUGUAAUUUUGGUCUUUUUCAUCAAAUGUUUUGCAACUGAUUUAUUUUCU